GCCAAACGAAGCAACGCACCGUCACUCUAAAAUUUUCAAUUGUUCAAUCUCAAUCACCACCUUCAAGAACAAAAGCAACAAUGCUGGACCCGUCGUCGCUGCUGACGCCGUCUGCAAGCGAUGCCGAGAAUGAGCAAAAGUGGACCAAAAUCCUGCACAAGGUGUCCAAGCUGAAAGGGGACGACCGGACGUUCUUCGAGUCGAUGGUCAAGUCGCUGCGGAUUGACGAGUGGCUUGCUCGAGACAACCAGCGCCAGCUCCAAGACAACCGCGUCCUCACUCUCGGUGGCGGGAACACGGGCAAGACGACCUUGCUCAAGCAGAUGCGCGUCCUCUAUGCGGGCGGCUUCUCGUCGGACGACAGGACGGAAUACAAGUUUAGCAUCUACGAUAAUGUACUCGACGCAAUGCUCGCCCUCAUCAAGGGAUUGCAAAUCCUAGCCAUCCCAAUGGAGUCGCAAUUUCAGUCUUACGUGGAGGAGCUGAUCGGAUUUGCGGCAUCCAACAACGCGGCGCCAACAACCCAGGUUCUGCCGCACUCAUUCGCCCCGCCAGUGAUCGCUUGGACGGAUGACAAGUUCCAGUGCCACGUCUAUCCACUAGUCAAAACCCUGUGGGCUUUUAGCACUUCGAUUCGAACUUGCUUUGAGCGACGGAACGAGCUUCCGUUUCCCGUGCCAGAUUGCGCCAUCUACUUUUUCAACGAAAUUGAUCGCAUUAGCGAACCGACGUUCACUCCCUGUGAGCAGGACGUGAUUCGCAUGCGCGUCAAGACACUGGGUGUGGUCGAGCAUAACUUUGUCAUCAAGAGCCAAAAGUGGACAUUUAUCGAUGUCGCUGGACAAAAGUCGGCGCGGCGAAAGUGGAUUCAUCUGUUUGACGGCGUUUCUGGCGUCGUGUUCUUCGUGUCGCUUAGCAGUUAUGACGAAACAUAUCAAGACACGUUGCCUGCAACCGACUCCUUUGACAAUUUGGACGAAGCUGCUGAUGGUGAAGAAUCGCCGAAGUCGCUGUUGCUAACUGAUGGACUGGAGCUGUUCGAGUCUCUCUUACGCGACCCGCAUCUCGAGAACGUCCCUUUCACCGUUUUGCUCAACAAGUUUGAUUUGUUCUCGACCAAAAUCCCACUUCGUCCACUUCGCCAGUUUUUGCCCGGGUACAUUGGGGACGAUUCCGAUGUUGGAGCAAGCGCCACAUACAUUCGCAACUUAUUCCUAGAACGAGCUGCCAACGUGGAUCGCAAAGUGCACGUUGAAUUGACCUGUGCCACCCACAAGCCAACCAUCGAGCAGUCGCUCAACGCAGGCUUGGCCUUUUUGCAAGAAAUGCGCCAGAACGCGGCUCUGACCCCGCGAGCAAGCUCGUCGCGGAGUGCUGGUACGAUACGCCGCGGAGACAACGCACAACGCGGAUCUGCACACCAACACUCGGUGGGCUCUCCGCCAAUCUCGGCCUCAUCCAGUCCUCGACCGAGCAUUAGCGGGCCGAGCGGCACUGACGCGCAGCAGUCCUCUUCUCCACCACGCUGGGCCUACGAGAGCUUGUAGAUUUCUGGACUGGGAUGUGAUCUAUGACGAUUUGUGUAGGUUGUUGACGAGCUUUCUCGGAUUAUUUAUUGGUUUUUCAAACCCCAUCAGUGUCUUGGCGUGUACGUUCUGUUCCUGUUGUCCUGUAGACUCGCUGACCUUUUAGUAAAGUUAGACAUUUCAUCAAGGGCA